AUGAGUUCAAAACUUGUAAAAUAUGGUAAUUGGUCACAAGAAUCAUUAAAAAUGGCAUUACGUGCAGGACACCCGACAACACUCUCAGCUUUUCAAGAAAAAGAGCUCGUAGAAGUUCUUCUGACCAUGUCACAGAGAUUGUUUGGUUUGUCUCCAAAAGAUGUAAAACAAAUGGUAUUUCAGUUUUGUGAAGAAAAUAGAAUUAUUCACAAAUUUAAUUGUGAAACUAAGUCAGCAGGAAAAGAAUGGUUUAGGGGUUUUUUGAAACGCCAUAAUGAACUCUCUGUCAGAGUUGCUGAGUCAACGUCAUUGCAUCGAGCCAUUGGUUUUAAUAGAAUAAAAGUUAAUCGUUUUUACGAUGAACUAGAAAAAAUGUUUAAUGCUAAUGGGAUGCAGAUUAUUCCACCAUCAAACUUAUUCAACGUAGAUGAAUCUGGAUUGUCUAUUUGCCAUAAACCAGGAAAAAUUGUUGCUCUUAAGGGAAAACACAGUGUUGGUGGCUUAACAAGCUCCGAAAGAGUCCAGCCUCAGUCAAGAAACCAACCAGUGCUUCUAAUUUUAGAUGGACAUUCAAGUCAUAAAAAAAAUCUUAGUGUUAUUAAAAAAGCGCGCCACUCAAUUGUUAUUAUUUUAUCGCUUCCAUCCCACUGCACCCACAAACUGCAACCACUUGAUGUUUUGUUUUUUAAAAGCCUCAAAAUAUUCUAUGAUCAGGAGGUUAGUACUUGGCUUCGUCACCAUCCUGGUCGUCCAGUAACUGAACUAGAGGUUGGUGAAUUAUUUGGAAAAGCCUAUGGGAAAGCUGCAACUGUUCAAAAUUGUCAGUCAGGGUUCAAAAAAUGUGGAAUAUAUCCAUUUGAUAGAAAUGUGUUUACUGAAGAAGACUUUGCUGCAGCCAAGGCUACUGAUCACUUGUAUGUUGUAUCAAAAAUUUCAAAACCAAAUAAUACCUCUGAAAUGCACCCUACUCUCAACAAUGGGUUAGACUCUGCUAAAGAAUUAGAUAAUAUUGAUUUUGUUACAGAUUGUGUUAUUGACACUCAAAAAGAAUCUAUUUCACCAAAUUCAUCAUUUACACUUCAGAAGUCAUCAGAAUUAGCCACCUCACACGAUGAAACCUCACAACCUUAUGGUGUUACAUUCGGAUCACUAGCUGGACUUGACAUUAAAAAUGCAAAGCGAGCAGGUAUAAGAAGGAGGGUAAAUCAUGCUGAAAAAAUUACUGGAUCACCAUAUAAAUCUCAGCUAGAGGAAUCUUUAAACUUGAAAUAUAAGAACAGACAGCCACGUAAAAAGUGCAUUAAAAAAAGUAUAUCUACUCAUCAAAAGACGUGUUUGAAAAACCUUGAUGCUAAAGGUGCGAUUAAUAAACAACUUUGUGCAAAGUGUCAAUACAGUUAUGGUGAUCCUGUCGAUCUUUAUUUAAAAGAUAAUUGGGAUAAAUGCCUUAAAUACUGUAGAUGGUGGCAUGAAACAUGUGCUGCUAUAUGUGGUGUUUAUACUAAAAAAAGUAUUUACUUGUGAUGACUGUAUAAAGCACUGAUUCUUAAAAAAAAAGUUUUA